AAUGGCAGUAUUAGCAUAUAAGCUUUGGAAGCUGUUCUGUUUGAGUGGAGUGUACAGAUGAGGAGGCAAGAGAGCCAGACAGACUAAAGGACUAAAGCGCUGCUGCAUCAUUCUUUCUAGAUCCUCACGCAAGCGCGCGCAGGGAGUGAAGUAGGCGGUUGGGAGAUGCGCAUGCGCACUGCGCCUCAGUUUGAAACUAUGGCGGCGACGCAGUGUUUAUCCAUAACAGAGCAGUGGAUACGGGAAAGGCUAAACCUUCAACACCAGUGUUUAGCGGAUGUGCGAUCACUGCGCCUGCCAGGAACAUAUGAAACAGGAAAAAUAGGCCAUCUGGGAAUUUCUCUCAAGAACUUUGUUCGCUUGAAAAGUCUGGACCUUUCUCAUAACGCCCUCGUUUCUGUAGAGGGCAUUCUGCAUUUAAAGUUGCUUGAGAACUUGAAUCUGUACUACAACAGAAUCUCGUCUCUUCAGGACGUCCUGUCUUUAGGCAGCCUUCAAAAUCUAAAGGAGCUGGAUCUCAGACUGAACCCUGUUGUGAAAAAAGAUCCCUUCUACCGCCUGCACUUAGUCCAGGCAAUCUCCAAGCUUCGUAAACUUGAUGACUGUGUUGUGAGGGACAGAGAGAGAAAAGCGGCUCUCAUGCACUUCUCUGCAGAGUCGGGACUCGAGUCCUGUCAGAAAUCUCCACUUUCUACAAUGGAGAUAAAGAACAGGAGCAGUAAUCCUAGGAUUGCCUCAGUGAACAAGAUGAUGAUGUCGAAGCUCAUGCUCCGUGAGGGUAACGAGGAAACGGUGCUAAAUCACAACUUUGACAGGAACAGGAACAUAUCGACACAAGAAGCUCACAUAGAACAGUACAGCAAACCAGAGUCUACUCAUUUACAAGAAAAUCCCUCUGAAAUUCUAAAUCUACUCAAUGACUAUGAUUCAGCAUUACUGUCUUCACAGAAACAGGAAUUUCAAUCUAAACUUAGGAAAUGCCAUAAUGGUGGCACUCGCCACACUAUCAGACCGCGGCCCUCGAAAGAUAUUCCCAGAGUCACCUUCGUUGAACCAUCUGUAAAAAGAUGCACUUCUGGUAACCUCACACCCAUCAGAACACAGGCCGAAAGUUAUUUCACACCAUAUCCCAGCAACAAAAAUGCUUCUUCACAAGCUCUUAAAGGAGAUGAUCAGCCAGUGUGUUUGUUAAAAAAUUACUCUGAGAGGAAAAUGCAUCCACCUAGACUAACAUACCGAAGCUCUGAUGAUGGAGAACUAGAAGGAUGUUCACAUGCACCUGAGAGAGCCAGAAAUCCCUGUAAGGGAGCAUACAGGAAACCGAUGGAGUUGCUUCUAAGUUUGGUGGAUGAGUACUGGUCUGGCGAGAUGAAGGAUCACAACUCUAAGCAUUUUUUCAUGCACGCUGUGCGGAUCCUCUGUAUGAUGGAACAGGAGGUUGCUAACGGGGAAAGCGAGAUGACUGCUCUGAGAGAGAAGAUCCAAACACUGAGCGACCAGAUAGGCAUACGGAAGAGAGAACAUCAGUCAGAGCUGCGGAGGCUUUCCGAGCAGCUUAAGCAGGCACACGGCAACAUCGAGCAUCUUGAUCAGGAGUUGAGGUGUGUUUUGGAGGAGAAUGUGUCUUUGCAGAAACAGUUGAUCAGAUUAGAGCAGCAGCUCCUCUCUGAUAAGCUGAGGGAAAUGCCAAACACACAACGCUGAGGUGAUUUCAUAAACCUUGAUAAGUUUAGCCAGCUACUCAGAACAUGCUUAUCUUGAACAGAUCAGAACGAGAAGCUUUUUCAUUUUUUUUUUUUUUAGACCCAUAUCCUUUCUAAAAUUUCUGAAAAUGUGUACUAGUCUUUAUUUCUGUAGAAUUGUCUCUUUGGUGGCUUAGUCAUAUGAGAAUAGCAAGAAAAGUUGUGAUUCAUUUGUUUUGUGAAGUUCAAGUGAAUCCUGUCUUUCUCACGUGCACACACUUUUUGAGCAGAUCAGAUUAAAUGAUGUCAUUCACACAAGGCCAGAAUUAGACCCUAUAUCAGUUGUUUCUCUCAGACAAAGCUUAUUUUAUCCAAAGGCUGACAGAAACGAAAGCGGCACUGCAUGCAAUAUACAGAAGCAAACAAAUGAUCUCUUAUUGUAAACAGUUUGUGAUAAUUAAUUCAUUAGGAACAAACAUGCUAAAUCUACCAGGGAGUGGGGAGAAAAAACAAUGAACUUAUAAAAGCCAUAUUCAGCCUUUAAACAUUACAAAGUUUAAAAAUGUUACACCAUUCUUUUCAUACUAAACUCAUUUUCAGGUAAGGAAUCAAAUUGUUUAAUGCACUGCUCAUUUAAGCAUUGCUUUUAAAUUUGAUGAGGUGCACAAAUGCAAUGAGGUAAAAAAAAAAAUAUUAAGGCCAAAAACAAGGCCAUCCUUUUCUUUCUUUUUAUUCAGAACAAUGCUACAACAUAGGGACAAGUUAAAGGUCUGUUGAACGUUACCUUAAACACAUAACAUGCAGCAGGGCACUGUAACACAUAGAAAAAUAGUUAUAUGAAAAAUAAGACAACAUUUUGUUCCUCGAAAACGGAGGGUUUACAGUAUUUGGCGUCAAAGCACACAAAACAGCAACCAUUUGUUAAAAUACAACAACAAUAUUUCAAAUUUGCUCUUUUGAUAUAAAUAUGAGUCACUUUCCAAGCAGGAACUAACAGGAACAGUGUGACACUAUACUGGAAAAAUAGAUGUUCUAUAGAAGAAUAUGUCUAUACAUGCUGUCCUCUUCCUUCCAAGAAACCUGCUGCAUAUUUUUGCUCUUUGUUGCUCAACUGAAACAGUGUGUUAAUUAUCUAACCUAAUAUUUUCAAAGAAGAUGACAUUAAAUACCAUAUAUUACUGUAUCAGCAGCGCAGAAGUGUAAUUACUUGCACUGGAAAGCUGCUAGUAUAUUGAUUCUUAAUAAUACAGAGAUUUACCUGGUCAGAAAUUUAAAGGUAUACAUGCUUUUAUUCUUUUCUGGAAUAACAAUUUCUGGUUUCUAUAUCAAGGUUGUGUACCACUCCUGUAUGUAUUGAUGGAACAUUAAAUGGGAAUCUUAUGA